AUGUUUUUUGAUGAAGAUGUUUCUCAAAGUUCUAACAAUGAAAACAUUAAAGAAUCUGAACGAAAAAAUUCUACAGGCUUGAAGCCGUUAACUUUUCGUGAUUGUGUGCUUAGAGUUAAUGAAAUUUAUGAGAAGUCUACCAAUGUAUUGGAAGAUAAAGACAAAUAUAAAGUCAUUCAACAAACGAUAAGACGUUAUUUUGACGAUGAAGAUCCUGAAGAUGUUUUUGAGGGUUUUCUGAAUCUGGUUAUUCAUUUGGAUAAAAUUACAACGUUAUUAGCAAAGCAAUAUGAUCUUUCAUUGGUCAUAACAGCUCUCAAUGCCUACAAUGAUUUUCUCGUGGGCAAACCUGAAUUAACUCAAAAAGCGCAGAAUAUUGAAGAUGUUGAUUUACUUACAAAUGCAUUGAAAAUUGUAUCAGUUCUCAAAGUCAAGCAUUUACAAUUAAUUGUAAAAACAUUUCACUUGAAUGAUGUUUCGAUGACUCCUGCUGCAUCAAAUAUGAUUAAUGAACUUCUCAUAGCUGAAGAUUUUGUAAAAGCUAUUCAAUGGAUGUCGCUUUUAAAUCUUCGUGAUCAUUACCCUUUUGAGCAGCUUGCCAUUAAAUACGCGAAGAAGUACAAAACGCCUGACAGUGACAUUGCAAAUGUAAUGAUUCAACGUGCUUACGACGCUUUACUUUACAAUCAUUUUUGUUGGAAAGAUGGCAAACAUUCUUGGCCUCCACUUAGUCAAAGCGAAUUUAUUAGAGAAAAAUAUUUCAAUUUUUUGCUUGAUAAAGGUCUGGGCGAUAAGGCUUUGUAUUUUGCUCAUUUACUUAAACUUCCGGAGUCUCAAUAUCCGAGGAGAUUGGCUUAUUUUAUAGAAAAUAUACAGCCAAAUGAAAUUGACUCAAUUCGUGACAACAUAACAAAGAAUCUUGAAAUUCGUAAACGAAAUCAAGAAAUUGAACAAGAAUUUGAUUGUUCUUUGGAUGAUGGAACGCCAAUUAUUUUGGUAGAUUCUUUGGAAUCUUUGGAUGAUGUUAUUGAAGUACUGAGAAAUGGAGGAGAGAAGUUAUUGGGAAUUGAUGCAGAAUGGAGACCACAUUAUCUUGCGGCCGAUGAAAAAAUUUCGUUAAUCCAAAUAGCCACCUCCAAAGUUGUCUAUAUUAUCGAUGUAUUACGUCUAGAAGUUGAAUUAGAAUUAACUGAAUCUGAAUGGACCAACUUCUUUGAUGCUUUAUUUUGUACUCCAAAUGUUAAAAAAAUUGGCUAUGAUUUUAUUAAUGACAUUCGAGUACUCAAAAGUACUUUCUCUUUUAUGUCAAAUCUUUUUCUCAAGUCUAAUAAUAUUAUUUGUUUAUAUAAAUUGUUUGGACAGAUUGCUCUAGAUCCUGAAUUUUCUGAAGCCGUUUUUGGAGGCAAACCUCUAAAAAAUUUGGGUCUUUCUGAUGUUGCUAAUUAUUUUCUUGGAAUUCAAGUGGAAAAAAGUGAAAGGACUGGAAAUUGGAGUCAACGACCUUUACGACUUGAACAGAAAAAAUAUGCUGCAUUGGAUGCUCAUUGUUUAGUUCAAUUAUACAGGAAAGUUUCUCCUUUAAUUUUAAAAUUACGUGAAGAUCAACAAAAUUCUUUGCAAAAUUGUGCUUUAAUUAAAUUUAUAAAUGAAGAGGAAAAGAAACAACAAAAUUAUGUUUUAGAUGAUGGUCAAGUUAUGGCAUCACAUGAACUUAAUGAUGAAGCUGCAAAUUCGUCAAAUGGGCCCUUAAAGUCUAUUAAUGAUGUUAGAUUUGUUGUUGAUUCUAUGCUUUUUGGAUUAGGCAAAGUUUUGAGAAAAUGUGGCUUCGAUACUCGAUUAAUUGGUGAUCGUAAAAAAAUUGUGGAAUUUUGUCAAAUGGAAAACAACAAAGAUUUUAUUGUUUUAAGUACCGGAAAAGGCCAUAAACAAUUGGAAACUUUAUUAAAUCCUGAAAGAGUUUUCUUUGUUCCCAUCAGUACAACAAGAGGAGCUACAAAGCCUUCACAAUUAGUUAACCAUAUAAUGCAUGAAUUGAGAAUUUUAAUACGCCCAGAAGAUUUGUGGUCAAGAUGUGUUGAAUGUAAUAAAAGAGCUUUUGUGCCUGUUCCCAUGCAAAUUAUUCAAUUGCUUUUUUAUAUGAAUGCUGUACGACUUGGAGCGGAUUGGUUAGAAAUUUCUGAAGAGGAUUUACAAGAUUGUUUCCAUAAAUUAAAACUUGAAAGUCAACAAACAAUUAGAAUUACACCAGAAAUGCAUAGUGGAAAACAUCCAAGGAAAGACAGAAGUUUGUUGGGUAAUAAGAGCUAUUUUGUCUACGAAGAUGACUCUUUCGUUAUAGCCGAAACACGUACAUGCGCAAUUGAUAUAAUAAAUAAGUUGAUUCUAGCCGACGAGAGCGGAGGGCCAACAGCAAUCCAUGUUGGACUAAAAUACAAAAAAGAAACGUUUGAAGAUGAGCUUGAAUUCUUUGUUUGUACUGAGUGUGGCAAGGUGCAAUUCAACAAUCAGGGAAGUGAAGAUUAG